CAUGGUGGAGAGAGUUGGAUCAAGCCUGGACCUGAGAACCCCAGAGACCAUGGUGGAGAGUGUUGGAUCAAGCCUGGACCUGAGGACACCAGAGACCAUGGUGGAGAGAGUUGGAUCAAGCCUGGACCUGAGAAAUGGAUUCCUCAGAGCUGUAAGACUUGUGACCAUGUUGAGGACUCCACACACUGGCUUCAGAUUGAACCCUUGACUUCCACUGUCCAGGGAGUGACAAUGUUCAGACACAGGACACCCAAAGGGAGUUAUGAGUGCACAGUGUCUGGGCUCCGCUGGCUGUGUGAGAGAGAUGUCAUCCUGAAGUAUCACUUCAGGAACUGGGAACCCUACAGUCAACUUCUGAAAGACAUGCAGUACACACAAGCUGGUCCAUUGCUGGACAUCACUAUGGAGUUAGGUGAACUGGAGGAAGUUCAUCUGCCACACUUUGUCUGUUUAGGGACCAACCCUUCCCUGAGGAAUGAGAUGAAGAUUCUUCAUGUAGAGGAACAUGGAGUGUCUUUAGAGGAAGUGCAUGAGGUCACCAGAUUCCAUGCUAAGAUUCUCCAUCCCAAGUUCUCAGCUAUCUCUCUGAUACUGAGAUUACUGUCUUGGAACGUAGAUGUCCACUGUGACGUGGUCCUCUAUUUGGCAGUAAAAAGGUCAACAGUAAUUUCAAGGCUGUACCUGCUCCUCAGAAACUCCAGUCAGAAAGAGGCUGUUCAGGAACGGGAGAAAAAUCAGCUGUCCCAAGGAUAUUCAGAAUUGGUCCUGUCAAGUCCAAAUGGGUCCUUAAAGCUGAACAGUUGGUUUGCACUCAAAAAUCCCCACUCCACAUCCAUCAAUCCAGAGAAGAUUCAGCUGUUACCUGCAGACACCACACCAAGCUGUUGUAAGAUGAUCAUGAGAAACACAGGGGUUGACAUUGAGAUGGAGUUAAUCGGGGAUGAUGAGAGGACAGUAUGGAAAUCAGUGGUAUCAAAAGACGAAUACAGCAAAGACUCUCAUCCAAUAUCAUUAACACUCCCUGGGAUUCCUGCUGAGGAGUUUCUGAAGAAACACAGGGCUAAACUCAUUCAGGGAGUCAAAAACCCAAUGCCGAUAGCAGAUGAUCUGUCAUCAAAGGACAUGAUUGGUGAUGAAGAGUACUCCAGAAUAACAGCUGAAACAACUGAACAGGAGCGAAUGAGAGAACUACUGAAUGCAGUCCUCCCUAAAGGACCAGAAGUGAUGGGAGCUUGUCUCAAAGCUCUCAAUGAACAUGAACACCAUCUUGUUAAGCACUUGAGUGAAUCUAGCGCCUAAUCUGAAGAUGCUGAGGCCUGUCUCCUAGUCUGUGGACAAAGACACUUCUCCACCUAAUCUGAAGAUGCUGAGGCCUGUCUCCUAGUCUGUGGACAAAGACACUUCUUCACCUAAUCUGAAGAUGCUGAGGCCUGUCUCCUAGUCUGUGGACAAAGACACUUCUUCACCUAAUCUGAAGAUGCUGAGGCCUGUCUCCUAGUCUGUGGACAAAGACACUUCUCCACCUAAUCUGAAGAUGCUGAGGCCUGUCUCCUAGUCUGUGGACAAAGACACUUCUCCACCUAAUCUGAAGAUGCUGAGGCCUGUCUCCUAGUCUGUGGACAAAGUCACUUAAAUGAUUGUAAGGGAAAUUGUAAUGUUUGCUAUUCUUUUAACAAAUGUCUGUAUUUUAUUCAUGUGCUGUUCUAUAAACCAAUGUGUGUUCAUCAAGUGGCUGACUGUACAAAUCCUCACUAUCAGUAGCUGUAAUUUGGCAGCAAGCCCAGAUGAUGUUUUGAGAACGAGAUAUCUCAGUUUCAAGGUCUCAUCUUAGAGAGAAGAAGACUGGUGAGGUGUUGGUCUGUCAAAUGCUAUGAACCAGUAUUGCGGUUAGCUAGUUGCGAGGAUCCAGAUGAAAAGGUUCAGAGUUUUCGGUAGGAAUCCGGGGAUAUGGAGAGAAAAAUAGGUCCUUUAUGCUCUGGUUUGAGUCACGUUGUACGAACUGGAGAGAGCUUUCCGAGCUAAAGGUUAGCUGAUGACCGCUAGCAGUGGUUUGCUGACUGGUAGCUGGUAGCUGGCUAGCUUCAGUUGAGGGAUUCCAGAUCCGAAGUAGAAAUACUUUAGAAAAAAAAACUGAUCCACUCCACUUUGGGUGAGGCGGGUUGCAGGAGAGUAUUUAGAAGUUGAGGUUUAAGAAAAUAUUUUUAAAAGAAUUUGAAUAAAAAUAUAUAUAGAAGGGACACGACAGGACAAAGACGUCUGACUGCUACGCCAUCUUGGAUUUAUGUUUGAUCAUUCUGUUGGAUAUCUUGGAUAAUGUUUAGUUAUUUGUAUUACUGCUGUUACCAUGGCAAUUAUCUAGUAAUAAUUACUUUUAAUGCUGUUAACAAAUGUCAAUGCUAUAUUAUUAUUUGUGCUAUAAAGAAUAUUGACUUCA